CCAAACCCCGCGCCUCCUCGCAGCUUCUUCCUCCUCUCCGUGACUUUUUUUUUGUGUGUGUUUUUUUUUGUUUUUUGUUUUUUGUUUGGAGGGGGGGUUCUUCCGACUGCAUGUUCAGCCACACCGCCUCCCUCCGCAUCUUCACGCAGCCCGGACGCGGACCAUGGACAGCCGGGUCCUCGAGCAUCCUCACGCCCAGUUCGCGGGAUCCCUGGGCGGGCUGGUGGGCUUCCCGUACGCGCUCGGUCCUCCCCACCACCAGCACCACCACCACCACCACCAGCACCUCUACGAGCUCGCCAACGGACACCAGCUGCAGGCGGCCGCCGCUCCCUUCUCUAUAGACGGAUUACUUAACGGCUCCUGCUCGGCCUCGGUGGUCGGCUCCAACGCGCUGCUGUCGCCCGACAGCCAGUUCAAACUCUCAGAUUCGGGGGACCCGGAUAAGGACAGUCCCGGUUGUAAAAGGAGACGGACGCGGACGAAUUUCACCGGGUGGCAGCUGGAGGAGCUCGAGAAGGCUUUCAACGAGAGUCACUAUCCAGAUGUGUUCAUGCGGGAGGCGCUCGCGCUCAGGCUCGACCUCGUGGAAUCCAGGGUUCAGGUUUGGUUCCAAAACCGGCGGGCGAAGUGGCGAAAGAAGGAGAACACGAAGAAGGGCCCGGGGCGGCCCGCCCACAACUCCCACCCGACCACGUGCAGCGGCGAGCCCAUGGACCCCGAGGAGAUCGCGCGGCGCGACCGCGAGCGGGCCGAGAAGAAGAAGCGGAAGCAGGAGCGCAAGCUGCUGAAGUCGCAGAGCAGGCUCCUUGCCGGCGACAGCUUCCACACGCCGGGCGGCUCCGAGAGCGACAGCGGCGUCUCGCAGUUCACCGACAGCGAGCAGCAGCCGCCGCCGCCGGCGCCGGCGCCCGCCGCUCACGCCGAGUCGCCGGCGGCGAAGGGCGGCGGGCCGCGCCGACCCGAGGCCGGCUGCGACCGCGCGCGGCACGACUUCGGUCAGCAAAACCAAAGAACGCCGGGGGGAGCCGGGGAGCCGGCGUCCCCGGGCAGCCCCGGGGGCCCGCGGUCCUCCGCCCUGCAGAAACGCAACCCCUUCAGCGUGGAGAGCCUCCUCGCCGACGCCGCGCCCCGACGGAAGCCUCUGCCGGACUUCCCGCCGCCGCCCGGUCAGAGGACGCUGCUGGGGAAAGGUCACUUCUUGCUUUACCCGAUCACCCAUCAGCCCCUGGGCUUCCUCGUGCCCCAGGCGGCCCUGAAGGCCUCGCCCUGCCAGGACGGCGCGCUCAGGCUCGGCCUCGGGCCCUGCGACCUUUCCGGCUCGCCGUGGCGCCGCCACCAGGUCAGCAACAGAGCGGACGGGGACGCCGGCGGCGCGGGGGAGUGCGGCGCCGGCGACCGCGGCAGCGGAGGGCCCGCCGGCUCCCCCCCGGCCGGCGGCCGCAGCCCGGCGCCGUCCGGCGGCGAGGCGGCGCCGGGCGCGAGAGAGGAGCGAGCGUCCCCGUGCCCCUCCGGGUGUCUGGAGGCAAACACAGACUGUCAAGAAGCACCCGGAACAGAUGGAGAAGAUGUCGAUAUGGACUAA